GCCAUCAGAAGCAAGGGACAGAGCCACCUCUUCUCAUUUCUAUAGGCUCUUACACAGUCCUCUUGACUGACUUUUUAGCAGAUGAAAUACUUUUACAUACGAUUGAUAAACUCAAACCCUUUGAAUAGCUCUCUGCUUUCUCUCUCUCUCCUACUCUGCUCAUUUUUUCAGAUUGAAGGUUUCACUGUUUUUAAGGCUUUUUGGUCUAGUUUCUUAGUAUUUGAGCUUUUAAAAUUCAAUUACAACCAUCUGGUUGGAUUUUACAAGAGAUUGAGCCCAAACCCACAAAAAGGCACUAACCACUCUGCCGGGAAAGUCCAACCGAAGGAGAAUUAAGAGUUUCUGUGCAUUUAAAUAACACAAAGGGAGCAAAACUUGCAAAUUAAAUAUGGUUCUUUGACUGGUUCUGAGAUGGCUAAACAAGUAAAUUACAAAGGGAUUUUCUUGAGUACAUCAAGGAACAAUGGAUAGAUGGUAUACAGAUCCAGCUCAAGGAACAAUGGUAGUGGGAGAGAUUUUUCUGGCAGCGUUCCUACAGGUGCUGUUUGAAAGGUUGAUGUCUAGUGAGUUGCUGAACUUUGCAAGGCGUGAGGGCGUUCAUGAAAAGCUGAAGAAGUGGAGUACAAUGUUCUCCACCGUUCAAGCUGUGCUAUGUGAUGCCGAGGAGAAGCAAUCUCAGAGAUUUGGCUUAUGAUGUGGAAGACAUAUUGGACAAGUUUUCCACUGAACUGUUGCGGCCCAAGAUAGAGAAAUUACAUCAAGCUAGCACUAGUAAAGCAUGGAGUCUGAUCCCUACUUGCUGUACUGGCUCAAGUCCAAAUGCAUUUGGAUGGUUCAUGUUUAAUCUUGAUUCAGAAAUUAAUGAAAUCACUGAGAGGCUGCUAGAUAUAUCUAGGAGGAAAAAUGAACUUGGUUUGAAUGAUAUUGGGGGAUCUGUAGUUGAAUGGAAAAGGCUACCAAGUUCAAGUUUGCCUGAUGGUCAUGUCAUUGGAAGAGAUCAAGACAAGAAGAAAAUUGUUGAAUUAUUGUUAAGAGAUGAGCAAAGUCUUGUCAAUUAUCAUGUGGUUUCCAUAGUUGGAAUGCCUGGAGUAGGAAAGACGACACUUUCUGGGUUGGUGUUCAAUGAUGAUGCAAUGAAACAUUUUGAUAUAAAAGUGUGGGUUUCUGUGUCCAACGACUUCAAUUGUGUAAGGUUAACGAAGGCAAUUCUUAAAUCAGUCACAUUGAAUAGUGAGCGUUUCGACGAGUUUAGUGACUUUCAGAAUCUUCUGAGUGAAGUUUUAACAGGUAAAAAGUUUUUGAUUGUUUUGGACGAUGUUUGGAAUACAAAUUAUGGUCUUUGGGCAACCAUGCAAACCCCUUUUAGGGCCGGAGCACCUGGAAGUAAGAUAAUUGUGACGACAAGAGAUGUAAAUGUGGCAAAGUUGAUGGGGGCAGUUGAAUGCUAUAAUUUGGAGUGUGUAUCAGAUGAUGAUUGUUGGAAAGUAUUUGUGCAGCAUGCAUUCUUAAAUAGAAAUACUAGUGAACCAUCAAAUUUGGAAUUCCUACGUGAGAAAAUUGUUGCAAAAUGCAAUGGUUUGCCUUUGGCAGCAAGGACCCUGGGUGGCUUUCUUCGUUUCAAAGAAAUAGAUCAAUGGGAGGAUGUAUUGGGCAGCAAAUUAUGGACCCAAUCAAAUCAGAGUAACAUUCUCCCAUUAUUAAGAUUGAGCUACCACUAUCUCCCUUCACAUUUAAAAAGGUGUUUUGCUUACUGCUCAAUACUACCAAAAGCUUACGAAUUUAAGGAGAGACAAUUGAUUCUCUUAUGGAUGGCAGAAGGGUUAAUUCAGCAACCAGAAGGGAGUAAACAAAUGGAAGACUUGGGUAGUGAGUACUUCAAUGAAUUAUAUUCAAGGUCAUUCUUUCAGAAAUCAAGAAAGGACGAAACAAAGUAUGUGAUGCAUGACCUCAUGAAUGAUUUGGCACAGUGGGUUGCAGGAGACAUAGGAUUUAGGUUGGAAGAUAAGGUGGACAAUAACAAUGGAUGCGGGAUUUUUCCUAAGGCACGAUAUUCAUCUUACAUCAGUGCAAAGUUUGAUGGAAUUCAAAGACUUGGGGCCUUCUCCAAAGUUAAGUAUUUGCGGACUUUUCUACGACUUACAGAAUCAUAUGAUGAGGAGAAAUACAUUACUACCACUUUUACUCUUUGUACAUUGCUGAAAUUACGGUAUCUAAGGGUGCUUUCUCUUAAUGGCUAUAUGUUAACCAAGCUACCUAUUAGAGUUAGUGAUCCGAAUUCUUGAUGACCCGACCCGAAAAGCUCGUGGUGCGACUCAUUUGGUGAAACUAAUUUUGAAAAAAAAUUUGGGGCUCUGUGGUGGAAGCGGAGGUUUUGGGUUGAUAGGCCCGAGACCGUAGCCUACCACUGAGCCCGACUGGGGUGCGGGGGCAGCGCCCCCGCGGUACGGACCUGUUCAAUUUUAGGGUUUCUUCCGUAUAUAUAUUUCUUAUUCUUUUGGGGUUUGGCGGCUGUAAUUGGGGUUUUAGGGUAUAGCAGUUUUUUC